CUGCUCAAGAUUUAAAUCAAGAAAUACUCAGAAACACAGUUUUUAUUUAUUAUUUCACAUGUGUCAAAGUCGAGGCCCGGGGGCCGGAUCCGGCCCUCCGGGAUGCAUUUACUCGGGAUGACCACUAGAGGGCGGGGCAUGCCGCCUCUGAACCGGCCGGUGGCUGCGUCCUCGCGCCCUGGCCCCGCCCCCUUCCAGCUGCUGUCCGCCUGGAAAGUCUCCCUUCUCCAGGAGUCUGUCAUCCCCGCGGAUCAGAACCGGGACCAUGGGCUUCCCGGUACCGGGCUCGGCCGCUCUGCUGCUCGCCUCCGCUCUGGCGUUGCUCGCCGUCUGCUCCGCAGGUUCGGACGCCCCCCGGGGGGUCGCGGUCGGGUUCGUCUUCGACCCCAAAGCCAGGUGUGAGCCCGCGUGCAAACAUGCGGGAGUCUGCAUCCGCAACAACACGUGUUUCUGCGCCAAAGGCUACGAGGGGGAGACCUGCCAAUACGCGAACUGUUUCCCCAAAUGCAAGAAUGGAGGAGUCUGUCUGCGUCCAGGAAAAUGCAGAUGUCCCGCUGGGUUUGGAGGAAGAUACUGUCACAAAGUGACCUGUGACGGGGGGUGUUGGAACGGGGGCGAGUGCACGGCGGUGAACGGAGCGGCCCGGUGCAUCUGCCCGUCCAGCUGGACCGGAUCCAAAUGCCAACACGCCAUGUGUCCUCAGGGCUGCAGGAACGGGGGGGUCUGCGUGGCUCCAGGAAUCUGCAGCUGUCCGGACGGCUGGGUGGGCGGGGCCUGUCACACGGCCGUCUGCAGCCGGUCCUGCAUGAACGGAGGGAAGUGCAUCUCUCCGGACACGUGCCGCUGCAGACCGCCGUUCUCCGGACCCCGCUGCAGCGACCGCAAGAAGACCCACUAGAGGGAUCCAGAGGAUCGCCCCCCUCCGGUGGAAGGACUUUAUGUCAAAUGUAAUGAAAACUGUAGUAUUUUAGGGACAAUCCCAACAGUUUUGUAGUUUUUGGAUUAAAAUGUGGAAUAAAAACAAAUCAUAAAAAA